AUGGCCGUCAUCCUCGCCGCCAUCGUAAUCUCUAUGACCCUCCGCUCCGACCCCACUACCCAAACCCCUAAAUCUGCCACACCCAUCAGCCACGUCAUCUCUCUCAGCGCCUCAAGAACUCUCCGGGCCUCUGGCUUCACCGUCAUGGCGGCACUCCUCCAAAUCUCGCCGGAGCUCUUCCGCUCCUCGCCGAACUCCACCAUCUUCGCAAUCGCCAACUCCCACAUCUCCAACGCCUCUCUCCCUCCUCACCUCCUCAGAGACCUCCUUAAAUACCACACCUCUCCAGUUAGGGUUUCGAUCGAAGACCUGAUGGAGAAGCCUCAAGGUUCUUGCUUGCUGACUCUGUACCAGAAAAAGAGCCUCGCGAUCACGAGAAUUGAUCGGAAGAAUCGGAUGGUCCAGAUCAACUGGGUUUGGGUCUCGCACCCGAAUCUGUUUGUGGAAGGAUCCGUUUCGAUUCACGGCGUUCUUGGCCCCUUCGCGGUUGUGGAUCCCAAUUAUGACGUCAUUCACGCGCCUAUGUGCGACUCCAAUUUGAGUGUUGUUUCUGGUUCUGGUGGAUUGAAGAAGAAGAAGAGCAAUGUGGAAUGUGGUCGAAUUGUUCGGUUGCUGAGCUCAAAGGGGUUUGUGCCGUUUGCAAUUGGGUUGCAUUCUGUUCUUGAUGGGAUUCUUGAAGAUGAGAGAAAUGUAAGCUCUGUGACGAUUUUUGUGCCACCAAGAUUGGAGCUUGGAGCUCAUCAUCAUCCUCGGGCUUUGCUUGAGAAGAUUGUGAGGUUUCACAUUGUGCCUCAGAGGCUUACACACAGGGAGCUUUCGGCCUUGCCUGCGAGGACUCUGCUCAGGACUAUGGUUCAUGAUGAUCAGCCUCUUUCUGAGCCGAGAGAGAGAGUGUGA